AGACUGGCCAACUUCGAGGCGGGUACGGAUUGAGGAAAAAAAUCUUCGACAACAUUUCAGUUGUUGUUUGACUCUCUCAAGGAGAGGACCGUCUUUUGUCCGUUUGGCAUUUUCUUUCGUUCUGCUUCGGUGUUGAUCGAUAUUUUGGUCUACGAGACGGGAAAUACGCCGUACAGUGUGCAAAAAAGGACUCACGACGAGGAGUACGGACGGAGGAAUAAAAAAAAAGAGCAUCUCUGUUUUCGGUUGAGGGCUGGUAUUCAAAGCAUAAAGAAGAUUUUCCUUUUUUCGCGUGAAAUGCUUAUUGAAUGGAAUCGAAGGGACACGUGAGGCGAAGUGUAGCCGAAGGGAAACAGGACUAGGACCUCGGAACAAAAAGAACGAUUUCAAUUCAGCAAAAAACGAGGAAAAGAUUCAAAUUACAAAGUUUAUUUGUUCGUGCUGUCGAUUCUGGUAAAAAAAAAGAGAUCAAUCCGAAAACAGUGCCAGGCUAGAAGGGAAAAGUAUUUCAUCAAUUCGAACAACUUUGUUUGAGCGUAGUUGAUGACAUAAAAGGAAAUAGGAAAAUAUUACGCGUGGAAAGUAGCAAACAACGAGGUGUGGAAAGUGCGGCAAAACUCGCGGAUUAAGGUGACAAGUCACUGGUUCGACAAGGCGCCCACGGUGCGGAAUGUGUAGUGUAAGAAGGAGCUCGGAAGGUGGUGUACAAGUGCUUAAAAAGUAGAACAAACCGCAUGUGGAAAAUCUAUACUUAGUGAGAAAAAGGUGUGAAAAACCGAUUACACUGGUGAAGGAAAAGCCGUUACGCUAUAAAUAGUGAUAAACUUUGCAGUUCAAUUGAAACUGAACAACACGGAACAACGGAAAGGUCAAAGCAGUUAGUGGUGUACCUGCUAAAUGCCAGAGCACUUUAGAGCACCGAGUGCUAGUGGAAAACGAUCCCGACUAAGUCGAGUUAAGGCAGUGAGAAAUUGUGAAAUUUUAUUGCUUUGAACGCAAGCCUGUCGAGCGUGGGGCUUCCGAGCAAGUUUGUGCAACUAAUUGCUGCUAAGUUGCUUGCGAUUAUGAUGGAUUGAGUCGCUGCCGACGGGAGCAAGCAAGGCAUGGAAAGCAAUUGUCAGUGUUCCUACUAUAAAGUCGAGAAACUGUAUUCAUGUUGAAGCUGAGUGUGGAUAGCUGGGAUAACUGCAAGCUGCUGACAGUGACUGUGUGUAUGUGAAAGAGAGUGGGAGCAAAUUUCCAUUGUAUCGCUAGAUAAAAAGAAGAAAAUACAUAUGAAAGAACACUGAAACACUUAAUAUCACACUCGAACGUGUCCCCCACCUCGUAAAUCUAAAAUGCGCGCACAAAUUCAUCAAAAAGAAAGCAAAUACAGUGAUAGUGCAUGUCCGACGGCGUUAGGCCCCACACUCUACCGAAGAAUCCGCAAACAAACAACUUUAACAAGAUAAGAAAGAAAUUAAGGUGGACAUUGUGGAAAACGGGCGAAAGAAUAAAAAUUAAUGACACGAUAAAGAGCUAAUAAUUACAAUUAAACAUACGUGCAAUUAAUUACUCGGCCCAGUAGGUGAGGGUGAAAAAACGCCGGGAAAAAGAGGAAGCUAAUUAAAAAAGUUCACGAGCGAUGAAAUUAAUUCGCACUUAAAGAGCUUUCCGAGUAUCGAGCUGAAAGUGAUCCCAUGCCGGGCGAAAGCAGGAUGUGUCCAAUUGUAGCGUAAAAAUGGCCCACGUAAAUGAAUAGUACAAUUUAGCGGCAAUUAACACAGUAUCCACGGCGUGCGGCAUUGUAUCGAGUAACCUAUUUAUUUGUGCUGCAGCAGCGGAGACGAACACUUGUUACAACUGUCACGACGUGUAAAUUGUGCUUUUUUUAAGGUCCAUCCAGCGGAUACGAGUAUGAUAAGCACUUCCCCGCCGCCGUACGUGCAAACCGAAAGUAAUUAAUAACGAUGUAAAUUUUCACGCGAUUAAUAAAUUGACGCGCGGGUGCCGACGGGCGAAGUUUCUGCACGACACACACGAGAUCUCUGCUCUGCGCAAACGCGCGAUGACAGAUCACAUCUGGUAAACUGCUCGCCAGGUCGUUGUCAACUGUUGUUAGUUGUUUCGCAGUUCUUCAUCAACCGUCGCGGACGUCCGUCGCUGUGUGAGAAAUUCACAGUGCGAUCAUAAAUCUCGAAUGAUAUAUCAUCAAACGAGCGUCGUCGGGAGGAGAGGGUGAGCAACAUUUUUCAGGAAAGGUUCGAAGAAAUCGCAAUACUGAGAGUGAGUAAUUGCGGGACAUAAAAUUUGGAUGUUUUCACAGUUUGGGAUGAAGAGCUAAUCGAUCUCGGGACGAAGCAGUGAUUGAGCCAGCUGAGUUGCCAAACUCCAGCUGGACUGGGGACCGGAGAAUAGUGAAACAAAAUAAAACGAGUGACGUGAUUGUGAAUCCGAUAGUGCGUUCGAACGAGAAAUCAGAAACCUGCUCAACGCCGGCCGUCUGUCUGUCCAGGGCCUACGACAAGGAAGGUGGCCUGUUGCGUGUGCAUAGUGUGCUAGUGCGUAUGACGAAGAGUUCCCGUCUCUCUUAAUGUGAAAAAUCAUAUGAAAUGGUGACAUUAAUGCCUUGUAGUUAUAUAUCUGCCCCCCGGAUCUCCAUCAUUGAUAAAAUGAUAGAGAUAGAACCAAAGGGUAAAAGAUCACGCACAGAAGGACCUGAAUCUACAGAAAGAAGUCGAACUUACAACUCGACGGCGGUAUCCAGUCAUAGCUCGGGCGGUGCGGUAGACAGCUGCUUACCAUCGAGUGGUUCAACGCUGCACUAUCCAACGGCUUCCCAUUCAGCUGGUUCGUAUUCUUUGUUGAACAACAACUACCGUCCUCUGAGUGGAUCGUCAAGUAUUCACAAUGCUCAUAACGGAUUGAGUUUAUCGUACGUUUCCGGUGGUGCAAAUCACAGCUCGACAUCCGGUGGUUCUGUAGUGUCACGUUUGAACGGAGGAGCAACAUCUACGAUCACCUCCGGCAGCAGCAGUAGUGCUGGGACUGCAGGAAACUCCCUGGAUGGGCUGCCUACGGCCAGUUCUAUCAACAACAGUGGCGUUAGUUUGAAUAGCACCGGUAGCGGAACGUCAGCUGCCGCAUUGGGUUCGACCGAGCUGGGGAUGUCGCAUUGGCUGACCGACGGUACAGUCAAAUCGGAAAUUCGCAGCCCGGGGCUAGACGCGACGAUUGCUAGCGGAAACCUCCCGGUCGGCUCCACCCACUUGGACAGCUCUCUAUUCUGUGCCAAUCCCAACAACCUGGACGCCCUACAGACAUCCACCAACUCGUAUGAUAAGUCCGAAUAUUAUCCGUACGCCUACAACAUGCAGCAAUACGCACCGUUCACGUAUUCAUCCUACGGUUCCCCGUACCAAACGAGAACAUCCUCGAAAAUCCCAUCACCAAAUACAUAUCUUCCGUCUAGCUAUGCGGCGGCUGCAGCUAACAACAACUCAGCACAAAUCUACUCUUCCUACGGUUACAAUAACUUCGCACAGUUCGGCACUAGUCAACAGGACUACUACAACUACAAUGAUCCAACGUACUCACCGUACUACCAGACAGCAACUUACCCACCGUACGUCAGCUCGCCCGGUUCCAGUGGGAGCCAAAGCUUCCACGUGGCGGCAGGCUUGUCUGCUGAGAGCCCUUCGGAAGGGCAUUCCGCAGCAACGCCAACCAUGUUGGCACACUCGCAUUCGCCCCAAUCUCCCCUGUCCAUCUCACCCACCAUCCAGGCUGGUUCGGCGGCUGCUGUGGCAGCGGCGGCGGCAGCAGCAGCCGCCAAAACGACCCCCUCGGGGAAACCCGGCCGGGCACGGGGGCGACGACACGCACAUCCCAGCCCAACGCGGAGUUCCACCUCGGAACCGGGAGUGACGGAGAAAGCACCGGAGAGGAUCUUCGUGUGGGAUCUGGACGAGACCAUCAUCAUUUUCCACUCGCUGCUGACGGGGACCUAUGCCGCCAAGUACAAUAAGAGUCGCGACCACCACAUGCAACUGGGCUACCGAAUGGAGGAGCUCAUCUUCAACAUGGCGGACGCGUUCUUCUUCUUCAACGACCUGGAAGAGUGCGAUCAGGUACAUAUCGACGACGUGUCCUCCGACGACAACGGACAGGAUCUGAGCAAUUACAAUUUUUCCGCCGAUGGUUUCCACACCGGAACGGCACAAGGAGCUCCACCUAAUAUUUGCCUUCCUAAUGGCGUUCGCGGAGGCGUUGACUGGAUGCGAAAGCUGGCAUUUCGCUAUCGGAAAAUUAAGGACACCUACAACACCUACCGAAAUAAUGUUGGUGGUUUGCUCGGGCCUCAGAAGCGGGAGCACUGGAUGCAGGUUCGCUCCGACAUCGACUUUGAAACGGACAGCUGGCACAGUUUGACGUUGAAAUGUUUGAACAUGAUUGCCCAGCGGGAGAACUGCGUGAACGUGCUGGUAACAACGACCCAGCUGGUUCCGGCUCUGGCUAAAGUGCUGCUCUACGGUCUGGGGCAGAUCUUUCCAAUAGAGAAUAUUUAUAGUGCAAAUAAAAUAGGUAAGGAAUCCUGCUUCGAGCGAAUCGUGACUCGAUUCGGUAGGAAGAGCACCUACGUAGUCGUAGGCGACGGUCAGGACGAGGAAAGCGCUGCCAAAAAUCUAAACUUUCCUUUCUGGCGGAUAUCCAGUCAUAGCGAUAUUCGGUCGCUGCAUACCGCCCUGGAGAUGAACUUCUUAUGAAGAUGCUCACCGAUGAUCCCUCCCGCUCCGGUCGUUGUCGUCCUUUCCCACCCGGACGUUCUGGCGGCAAUGACAAUGAGUUUCAUCUUGCUGUGAAUGCAAAUACAAGAUUCUAGUGAAAUUAGGCAGUUUCAACAUUUAUGUGAAAAGACAGUGGUUCAGUUAAAAUGAUAAGCUUUUGAAAAUAAGCACAUGUGUACAUUGUAGAAGCAAAUAUCAAAAUCACUUAAUCCACCACCAAACUAAAGUAUCCAUUUGUCACAGCUACAAUUUGUUAUUUUCUGUAUUCCCCUCGUAUCAGUAUUCAGCCAAGAAAUUUUCAAAAAUGCGAAAUCAUUCACGUUUAAGGAAACUGUGUGCAAAUCUAUGCUCAACUAAUCCACCUUAAACACGCAUCGAACACAGUUUCGCCCCAUUUCCCAGUGCAUUAAUCGUCCUUCUUUGGUUUGAUUGUUAAGAAAAAAAAUAAAUCAAAUAAUAUGAGAUCUUCAGAUUUUUCGUUGAACUGAGUUGUACUAUGUAGUAGUCGAAUUGUAAAUCACUGUUGAGCGUUCAGAAAAAAAGUGAAACCU